CACCCAUGAGAGCCUUCCACCACCCUCUGAGAAAGGAACCAAGCAGAGCUGUUUCCCAUGGGGCUAGUGCAGUGCCUGGUGGCUGCCGCCUCCUUCCUCCUCCUCCUGGCUUUGAGCACUGGCCAACGGGUGGUGACUAUUCAGAAGGGACCCCUCUACCGUGUGAGGGGGUCCCACGUCACGCUGUGGUGCAAGGUGAGCGGCUACCAGGGCCCAGCGGAGCAGAACUUCCAGUGGUCCAUCUACCUGCCCUCGGCCCCCGAGCGGGAGGUGCAGAUCGUCAGCACCGUCGACCCCUCCUUCCCCUACGCCAUGUACACCCAGCGUGUGCGCAGCCGGGGGAUCUACGUGGAGCGGGUGCAGGGGGACGCUGUUCUGCUGCACAUCAUCGAGCUGCAGGACCAGGACGCUGGGGUAUAUGAGUGCCACACUCCCAGCACUGAUGAGAGGUACUUUGGGAGUUACAGCGCCAAGACGAACCUCUCAGUGAUUGCAGACACCCUCUCAGCUUCCAUGCCACCCCAGGUCCUCAACCAUGCCGAAGGGGAUGCAGUGGAGCUCACCUGUGAGGUGUCGAAGUCCACUGUGCAGCACACACAUCUAUCUGUUGGCUGGUACCGUCUUCAGGAAGCAGGAGAGCUCCAUGCCGAGGAGGUCCUCACCCUCUCCAAGGACUUUGUCUUGAGGCCAGGGCCCUCUUAUGCACAGAGGUUUCUGGCAGGGGAUGUGCGGCUGAACAAGGUUGGGAACACUACGUACAAGCUCUCUAUUGGAGGAGCAGAGCCGUCCGACCAGGGGCAGCUGUACUGCGAGGCAGCCGAGUGGAUUGAGGAUCCUGAUGAGACAUGGAAAGACAUCUCCCACAAGCAAACAGGGAGGACGUUGCUGGUGGUCAUGAGCCAAGGCAGAGACCUCUCUGUGGACAUCGCUGCUGCUGAAAGCUCCCUUUCUGAAGGUGAUACCUUGCAGCUAAAUUGCACAGUGGAAUCCCAGAAGAGCAGCAGCAAGCACUUCCAAGUGCUUUGGUUUCUCAAUGGCAUGGAACUGGCCAGGGUUGACCCCCAUGGGGUGUUGAUUUGGAAGGAAGAGUAUGAGGAGAAAGCCAAGCUGGGGCAGCUCCAAGCAUUCAAGCAAAGCAACACAGUUUAUGUCCUCGCCAUCUAUGAGGUGACGCUGAAGAACAAUGGUACGUACCACUGCUCUGUUUCGGAGGUGAAGACUCCUGGAGACUUUCACAGCAUCCAAACUAAUCAGUCAUCAGGUGUACAAGUUGACGUGAAGCCAGUAGAGCCACAUGUGUCUACCAGCACGCCACAGGUCAUGGCGGGCGAUGCCUUGAUCCUCCUUUGUGAGGUGCAAGGAGAAACUGGCCCUGUGUCUGUGCAGUGGUGGAACCUGCCACUGCAGCACCCUGGUCCCCGGGUGCCCGUGGCCAUCAUGGAGCCGGAUGGUACCCUGAGACUGGGCAGUGCCUACCGGGACAGCGGGACUCGGGGGAGCCUCUGGCUGGAGAAAGCGAGCUCCAGUGCUUUCACCCUGGUGAUCCCCAACACAUUGGACGAGGGUGACGGAGGGCAGUAUGGGUGCAAAGCAACAGAGUGGUCCCGGGACCAGAGUUGGACAGAGGAGGGGGAGACAGCAGUGACAGUCAGCUCCAUGGGUCUUGGUCUGCACGCCACACUGAGAAGCCGAAUUGCCACAGUCAAAUAUGGGCAGAGUUUUGAACUCAUCUGCCAACUGAGCGCUAGCUACACCCUCGAGGAAGUGCCGGUGUCUGUGGGGUGGCUUUUCCAGCCCAGUCCAGCCUCUGGCCACUACCAUGAGCUGGUCCGAGUCCUUCCCAGAGGCACCAUGGCCUGGGGGGCAGCGCAGCCACACUUCCAGGGGAAGGCCCAGCUGGCGAAGGGUGCCGCCGCCUCCAGGCUGCACAUCCACAGUGCUGCAGCUGCCGACGAGGGGACAUACCAGUGUGAGGUGGAGGUCUGGAGGAGGAACACCCUGUUGCUGGGGCAGCCGGUGGCCACUGCCAGAUCCAAUGCUGUGGGAAUAAAGGUGGUGCUGCCAGAAAGCAAGCUUCAGGUAGCUACGAAAGAGAGCUCUGUGGAGAUUGCUGGUGGUGCUGACACAGCCGUUGAGUGCAGGAUCGUGUUUGCCCAGAAUAAUUCUCAGUUUGCCAUUACCUGGUACCUCCUCCCUCCUCCUCCGGCAGAUGCAACCCCUCUGCAAAUCGUAAGGGCCGACUAUACCAGUGUACUGGAAUAUGGGGCUGAGUUCAGUUCGCCUGCACAAAAGUCCCGAUUCCUGAGCCAGAGGGUGUCCAGUAAUGUUUUCCAGCUACGGAUACUCUCUGCAAACCCUGGGGACCAGGGCAGGUACUACUGUGUGGUAGAAGAAUGGCUCUGGCUGGUGGACAGGUGGUACAAACUUGGAGAGGGAGCAUCGGGAAGGACCAUGCUGGAGUUCAAGCUCCCAGAGCACGAACUGCAGCUGGAGAAAACCAACCGAAGCAUCUCGGCGAGGGAGGGCAAUGAGGUGACGCUGAACUGUCUGCUGCAGGGUGCCCGCCUGCCCACCACCCACCUCUCGGCCACCUGGUUUCAUGGGGAGGAGAGUGGCCACGUCAAGCCCCUGCUCACCCUCCACCGUGAUGGCGCCAUCGAGUACCACCAGGAGAGCCUGGCAGGGAGGUUGCACCUCCGCCGCCCCACUGCCGGCGACUUCAGCCUGACACUGUGCAGCGUGGAGGAGGGCGAUGCAGGCGUGUAUCGCUGCCAGGUGCAGGAGUGGCUGCCACAGAGCAAGGGGAAGAACUGGGCUCUGCAAGCCUUGGCACACUCAGGGUACACCCAGCUCACUACCAUCCAGGCAGAAUCAACUGUUUUGUCUAGGAUCUGCUCAUCCCCACCACUGCUGAACUUCAUCCUGUACUUACCACUGGUUCUGAUUCUUCUCCUGGCCAUUGCUGUCUUCUGCUGGUACUUCAAAUCUGGAAAAAGCAAGAAGGGAAACAUCACAGGAGACCAGCAGAUGGAAUUGCAGGAGGCUGGAGGGAUCAAGAAAACUUAGCUGAUCUAUAAUGGCAGAUGUAACUUGAAGGAGUGGAGCUGGACAGCUGAGGAGAACUGAGUAUUUGCAGAGGGGCUCUUUAUUGUUUUGUAGUAGCUCUUGCAAUGAAUCAUUGCAAUGAAUCAAUGGAACAAAGCAGCUUUGAAUUACUAAGUGAAGAGGGUUUUUGUAACAGGCAUUCCUGUCUCUUAGGUACCCACCCAUUUCACACUCUAUUCAUUGUGGUAUAUUUGAGGUCCUUGC